CGGAAGCAAAUGCCGCCCGUCAAAUCGUCUGGCAGUCCUUACAAAGACCAUGACUUUUCGUUCAGCCUCUCUGCAAACGAAUCGCCAAUAUGUCAUGGCUCGUGCCCUCACUGCCAAGCUGGUCUCGUGGCGCCGCUCCAGCCCAGGUCGAGAAGGCGACGGCGAAUAACGAUGUCGAAGAAGACGACAUUGAUGCCCCGCCCCCCUUCCCCAUGCUCAAUUCUCAUCAGAGAUCCCAGGCUCCCGCCCCUGAAGCACCCAAACCCCCGAUACCCCCCACUACUGCGCCAAUCCCGACGUUAUCAUUCGCCAUCGCCCCUCCGUCACCUACCAAGUCGACGCACGGUGACGAUGAGCCUCCUUCAGAUCUAAACAUCGCCAUCAUACCCGACAACAUACCUAUAGGGAACAUGGCCCCACCGCCGAGUACGGUGAAGAAACCGUCUUUCGGUAUACAAAAUGGUGGACAUGAUAGAGGAGGGUUGAAAGUGGCAGAGAAACCCAAGCCCAAAGAGAAGAAGAAGGGCAAGGUAGCCCUUGCGCCGGGACAUUCUCCUCUAGACUGGGCGAGGUUGACAUCAAGUGGACAAAACUUGAGGGGUGUGAAUACAUUCCAGAGAGUCACGCUUGCAGAGCUGAAGGAGGUCAGUGUGUCUUUACUGCUGGCGCAGAGCUGAUACACUAUCAUAGCACAACACUCCGGACGAUGCAUGGUCGGUAUUCAACGGGAUGGUGUACAAUAUCACGCCUUACCUUCCAUUCCACCCAGGAGGAGAGGACGAGAUGAUGAGGGUUGCGGGGCGAGAUGGGACGCGUCUCUUUAUGCUCACGCAUUCUUGGGUCAAUAUGGACUUUAUGUUAAAGGAGUGUUUGGUGGGAGUCUUGAUCAAAUGAGAGGAUCUUUGUUGCCCCAUUUCUCGCGCGCAAAAGACUCUUUUGGCGUAUCCUCACGAUCAUCAUUGGUACUCAUACUGUACUCUACAUUGUAUACUCAGCAUCAUCAUAGCAUUUCAUAGAUACAUGUACCAUCUUAUACGCACACGAGCAUGUCCGUGUUUAUGCCUAUGAGUCGCAGAUCGCAGACAGAAUGUCCAACCAAUCAUUCCGAGAUCAUAUAGACAGUCAUCGUCGAUCGCAGUCUCCUAGUCAAUUC